AUGAUUUCUAAAAAUCAAAUCGACCAAGUGUAUGACUUUCUAAAGAGUAUCAAUGAUGGCACUCUAGAGAGCUAUCGGAAGUCACUUCCAGAGCCGUGGAUUCUAAAUUCAGUCAUUGACGUUGCACCUUUGACUCCAUCGCAACGGAUAGUGUGUCUAUACUUUGCAGGAGAUGAAACUCAGUGUGGUAAUGCUUUGGAGAAGAGACUUGUGUUGAAUAAGGAAUAGUGCGGGUAAUGUAAUUUGAGAUAACUUGUUGAUGAAUGGAGUACCUCUAACCAAUAAAUUAAUCAUCAACCCUAAACCAUGAGAGCUCUCUUGAACACAUCUUCACCACUUUUUCGAUUGACCAUCUACGACCUGUGCCCACAACUAUUCAAUCUUCGUUUAAUUGGAUCAGCCUUCAAAUCACUGAUCCCCUCUGGGAUUAUACCAUCGAAGUCAGUCAAGAGCCACUAGUCAGAAUCAAGGAGAAUCUCCUCAAAGCUCAACAAUCCAAAUUGUCUCAGAAGGAAGCACAAGAAACCAUCGAUCUCCUCAAUCAAGACCAGAGAAAUGUCUUGGAUAGUGGCAUCACUCCCCAAUCAACUUCCCAACCUUAUUGAACACAAUCCUGACCUGUCAAGCUUUUUGCUGGCUCGCAUCAAUCAAUGCGGAAUCAGUAUCCAUGAAUACUUCGAAUGUUUGAUUCAAAUGAAGAUUUCAUUGCAGAGUUUGGAAGUCGUCAACAAACUAUCCAAUUCCAUCAAAUUGCCUGAAGCCUUCCUCCAUAUGUAUUUGACCAAAUGCAUCCAAUAUUGCGAAGAGUUGCAACCCAAGUAACAGAUGGUGUCCAGAUACGUGAGGUUGGUAGCUGUCUUCAUCAAAACCCUCAUCAAAUCAAAAACCCUAGACCCCAAAAAAAUGUUCACUGAAAUCCAAGGAUUCUGCAUCGAGUUCUCAAAGAUACCUGAAGCUUCACAGCUAUUCAAACAACUCAAAGAGACAGGUGUAGAAGAAAAAUAGCAUCAGUGA